AUGGGAACAAAUCCAAGUAUCUCAACAAAUGCCUCAAGUAGCAGAAAUAAGGUCCUUGGCAAAGCUUCAUCAGAAGACAACAAUACAAAGGUUGAUCGUCGUGGCCGUCGUAUUCGCCUACCACCCAUUUGUGCUGCUCGGAUCUUUCAGCUUACUCGUGAGCUUGGUCACAAAACCGAUGGCCAGACGAUAGAGUGGCUCCUAAAACAAGCUGAACCAUCUAUUCUCGCUGUCACAGGUAACGGUGUCACUCCCAGUAACACUCUUUCGACUCUAGCUUCUGUGAAUUUGCAGGCAGAAAAAGUCGUUAGUGAAGACAAAAAUUUUGUGAGAAAGAAGUGCACUAAGGGUGGCCAACCGUUACCACCACCCUAUGACCAUUACCUGAAGAUCAUUACAAAAAACUAUGGUAUCGAAUUUUCUGUCAAUGACGUCGCAAUAGAUGUGGGGAUCGAAACUCAGGAAGAGUUCAAGGAGAAAGAUGGAAAACAAGAUUAG